AUGGCAGAGCUAAGUGCGGCUGCAACCUUCACACCCAGCGAUGAAGAACUCAUUCAUUUCCUCUCCGACAAGGUGAAAGGCCAAUCCAUGGACGAGGACGCCGCCAUCAACAUCCACGAAUGUGAAUACUUGUACGGCCGCAACAAGAACCCUUGGGACAUUUGGCGUGACUUCGCGGGCGACGUUGAUGCCGGCAGGACCGCCCUUUUCUUCUUCUCCCCCAACAAGAAGCACCAUUCCACCGCCUCCCGCCCCAUCGGAGCCGGCGUCUGGGAAGCUGAAGCAGAAACCAUUGACGGCGAAGGCAUCGUUGGCAAGGGCAAGAACCGCCGUAUUGGGACCAAGAAAUGUUUCAUCUUUGACAAGAGUGGCACCUCCUACGAUGGUGCAUGGAUCUUGCAUGAAUACACUCUUCAUGGAUCGUCGCUCCACACUAAUACUUCAGUGGAUAAUAGCUAUGUUAUAUGCAAAUUGAUAAAGAAUGUAGAAGGUGAAGCUCAUCCAGUUGAGGUGCAGUUUGGAGACAAAAGAAAAAGGCAUGCGCAAUCCGCCACCACCAGCGGCGUUCAAAUUGAUGUUAACGCUCCUCAUUCAUAUGUGGUGCUGACCACUUGUCAUUUAUAUUUUAAGAGGAACACUAAAGAACAAGAGGUCCAAUUCAUACCAAAUGAACUUGGCAGGCGAAUGUUGUUGGAAAGGAAAUAUGAUGAGGAUGGUUUAAUUCUUUCUUUCAUUGUUAAACAAGGAUUACCAAUCACGAACGAGAACCUCAUCAGAAACCUCAUGCAGCUGCAAGGGGGAACAAGAAGAGGUGGAAAAGGCCUCUAA